GGUGUGACGGAUGUGACGUACCUUCAGCAAUCUCUUCGAGUAGUAUUUUGACAUUUUACGAGACAAAUUUAUUCACACAUAAAUAAAAAACGAAAUAGUGAAUAUUGUUGUCAGAAAAUGUGUGCAUACAAUAAACAAUUUAUCAACUGCUGUUAGCUAAAUGUUUUAGGGUGCUCGAAUGUGCGGUAGUUUUGAAAAGCAUGCUUCAUCAUCACUAUGCAUCUAAAAAUUUGUAAUAAAUAAAGUAUUUAGUUAUACAUCCAGAUAUUACACUAUGUUUCGAUGGUCUAAAAGUAAGGAUAAAGAGAAGGAAAAAGAUGAUAAGAAAAAGAAAGAUAAAAAAGAUCGUAAGGAUCGCAAAUCCACUUUAGAAAAAGAAAGUUUAACUCCUGAUGAAUUGAAACGCUUAGAUGAAGUGAGAAGAAGUUUUAACACCCCUCGAUCAUCCCAUUCCAAAGAUCAGGCAGAAGCCGCUGACAAACGUAGCAAUGGGAGUGAUUACAGCCUCAGCUCCCAUCAAGAUUCAAGUCCCUCUGGAAGUACCAAUUCAAAUCUGGAUCCAAACAAAUCUGGAAGUCCAUCAAGAAAACCUCCUCCUAUUCCUAAAAAACCUACUUUACUUGUCAAGCCUAAUCAAGCUAGUGGUAAUGUUGAAACAACACCAUCUCCUCAAGGUAGUACUUAUUCCAUGGCUUCCUUGCAUUUAGGUAAUGUUAGUUUAACAAAUGAGGUGAUGGCUCUUAUGGAGCAAAUGAAUCUUCCUGUCAGUGAAAGUUCUUUGACAGCAACACCAGCAAAGCCAAGUGUGCCAUCAGCACCACCAUCUCAAGUACCUCCAGGAGAACAAGGUGGUUAUGGCAUUCGGUGGAAAUCAUAUGCUUCAAAUCUUAGAUUACCACCUGUUACAUCUUUGCCUGCUCCUCCUAUUAGAACUUUAACUAUCAAAAGGCAACCCUCUGGUGACUUUGGAUUUGCUCUUAGGCGAGCUGUUAUCUUGGAACGACGAUCUCCUGAUGUUGAAUUACGGCAGACUAUUGUUUUUGCUGAACCCAGUAGUGUUGGAGCAAAAAAUUUGACUGGUUUGCUACCUGGAGACAAGCUUCUACAAGUAAAUGAUGUAUGUGUAGAGAAUAAACCAAGGGAAGAAAUAAUUGAACUUAUAUGCUCAUCAGGGGAUAGCGUGAUUUUAAAAGUUCAAACCGUUCCAGAAUUAAGAGAACUUACAAAAAGAUGCAACUGUGAUAAUCAGCCCACUGAAUCUUCAGAACAUACAGUAAAAUCUGGAGCUUUGUCUCCAACCAGUGAUUCUAGAUUCCGAGCCAUGGCCAGAACUGAAGAAGAGGUAGAACGUGAAAAAGCAUGGCUGUCGAAAGACAUGGUAUGGAUAGUACACAAAGGUGGUUUCUCUGCAGCUCAUCUAGUCAAAUUAGGUUCUGCAUCUCAGGAAGGAAAAAUACGUGUCAAAACAGAAUUUAGUGAAGAUGUAUUGGAAGUUAAUGAAGAAGAUGUAGAAAAGGCAAAUCUUCCACAGUUUGAUUUCAUUGAAAAUGUUGCCUAUUUGCGACAUGUAAAUGAAAGUAGUGUAUUGCAUGUAUUGCGUCAAAGGUAUUGUUCUCAAUUAAUAUAUACAUAUGCUGGGAACAAUCUUCUUGUUCUCAAUCCACUGCAGCCUCUUGCAGCAUAUUCUGAAAAGGUUAUGAGGACGUUUAAGAGCUGUAGAGAUGAUGAUAUGCCUCCACAUGUUUAUGCAGUUGCUCAGUCAGCGUUCAAUAAUCUUUUGAGAACUCGGAAAGACCAAUCCAUUGUGCUGCAAGGAAGAAGUGGUAGUGGGAAAUCCACAUGUUUGCGACAUAUACUUCAAUAUUUGGUUGUCAUAGCUGGUUCUUCGAAGCAAGUUUUAACUGGUGAAAAACUGAAUGCUGUUUCAACAUUGCUUGAAGCGUUUGGAAAUUGUCGGACAGUAAUGAAUUCUAAUGCAACCCGGUUUACUCAGUUAUUUUCAGUUGAUUUAGAUCAUUCUGGACAAAUAAUUUCUGCUUCUGUUCAGGCAUAUAUGUUGGAAAAGUCAAGAGUUUGUCGUCGACCUGAAGGUGAACCAAAUUUUCAUGUAUUCUAUUAUCUUUUAGCUGCAGCUGAUACAAAUCUGAGAAAGGAACUGCAUUUUGAAAACUUACAAGAUCCUAAUUUAUUUAUGACUCCUUUACAAAAAGAUGAAGAUCAACGUCGUGCAUGCUUGUCAUGGGAUAAUAUUUCUGCUGCAUUCCAAACUUUAGGAAUUCAGGAAAGUGAAUCAAAGGCUAUAUGGUAUGUCUUAGCAGCCAUAUAUCACCUUGGUGUAUCUAGUGCUUGCAAAGGAAGCAAUGGGCGUUUGCAAUUUUUGAGACCUCAAAGUGCACAGAAAGCAGCAUCAUUGCUAGGAUGUUCUGUUGAAGAUCUUGCAAAAUCUAUAUUUGCUGCUGAUCACAGUGGACCUAUUUCAGGAAAAAUUUCACCUAGAUCUUCUGAUGGUACUGUUGAGGCAAUUGAGUGUUUACAGUCAAUGGUAUCUGGUCUAUACACUGAAGUUUUCAGUGCUGUGAUUUAUCUUAUCAAUAGAGCUAUAAAUGGUGCUGGUCGUAGCAUGGCUUCAAUUCAUAUAUUAGAUGGCCCUGGAUUUCAAAAUCCAGCUACAUGUGGUAGAAUAAUGGGUGCAUCAUUAGAAGAUUUGUGCCAUAAUUACUGCCAAGAGAGAUUACAAUUAUAUUUUCACGAUUCUACAUUCUUAAUUCAGCAAGAGAGAUAUGUACAGGAAAAUAUUGAGUGGAACAAGGAGGAGUUUCAUAUUUCCACUCCUGCACCUUUAAUUGAUGUAAUGGAUCAUGCGCCUCAACAAGGAGCUAUGAGAGCAUCUACUGCCGAUUUAAGAGACAUAGGUAAACGAGGCCUCUUGUGGUUAUUGGAUGAAGAAUCUUUAUUUCCUGGUGCCAGUGAGAAAACAUUUUUGGAUAAAUUGUUCACAAAUUAUUCAGGAAAAGAUUAUCAGCAGCUUAUUCGGAAAGGUCCUUAUAAUCAUCAAUUUACUAUUCAGCACUUCCAUGGAACCAAUCCUGUUGUUUAUUCAGUAUCAGGAUGGCUACGCAAUUCUAGAGAGCAUCCUGCUUCAAGACAAGUGAUUUUUCUCCUUCAAGAAUCUCAAAAAGAAUGCAUAAAUCAGCUUUUUAAUGCUUCUCGUGGAGUAUUUGGUACAUCUGGCAGCAAUUCAUUACAUAUAGAUGGUGGGUCUACUCUGAGACGAAGUUCAAGCAUGCGAAGAGCCCAAGGUGUAUCUGCUGCAGGUAUGAAGAGACGGUCAUAUCCGCUUCAAGUCAAGCAUAUCAUGGAUAUCCUUGUUGAUUCAUUGAAGAGAACAACUACCCAAUUUGUCCAAUGCUACCUGCCUAGGCAUAAUGCUGGUAUAAAUGAGGGCCAUAUUUCACCUGUUGCUAACAAAGUGCCAGGGCCUGAUGAAAUGCUCAACAUUCCUCUUCUGAGAUCUCAAAUCAGAGGAUUUCAAGUUCUAGACACGGUUAGGGUUCAUAAGCAAGGAUUUCCAGAAAAUCUUAUGUAUUCUGAAUUCAGACGUCGAUUUGAAAUAUUGGCCCCAGUUGAGCAUCGAGUUGCUUCACCUGUUUAUGAUGAGAGACAAGCUGUAGAACACCUAUUAGAGCAUCUAGAUAUUGAUAAGGCAACAUAUCGAUUAGGAUUAAGUCAGAUAUUUUUCAGAUCUGGAAUGCUAGCACACUUAGAAGCCCAACGGGUUCAAAAGUUAAAUGGCAUGAUUGCAUCUUUUCAAGCCCAUUGUCGAGGUUAUCUUGCUAGAUCUGCAAUCAAUAAACGCAAAGUUCAAGACUUGGCUAUUCGUUGCAUUCAAAGAAAUGUUAGAAAAUUUCUUGCUAUUAAAACUUGGCCUUGGUGGCGUUUGUAUGUUAAAGUAUUGCCCUUGUUAGAUGUUCAUCGAACUGAAGAGGAGUUGAAAUUGAAAACAGAGGAAUUAGAGAUUUUAAAAGGGAAAUUGGAGAAAAUUGAGAAAGAGAGAAAUGAACUGAAAGUGGCAAAUGAUAAAUUAGAAGCCAAGGUGUCCGAACUGUGGUCCGAGCUGAGCGAAGAACAAUCCACUGCUACCCAUGCUUCUGAAAUGCUGGAAGCUGAAACGGCCGAGAGAAUGAGAUUAGAGAAAGAAGUUCAUGAACUUCAGAAUCGUUUUAGUCACGCACAACAGCGAUCUGAUAAAAUGGAAAUGGAGAUUAUGGAAUCAAGAGUAUAUAGAUCAGAACUGAAUGGAGAUCUUUCUGAAGAUGAAGAUGCUGAAGCAAGUGCCUCCAUUUACAAACAGAAGUAUGAGAGAGCUGUCAAAGAUAUGGAAAUUUUGAAAAGACGUAUUCAACAACAGCAAGAAGAAGAGAUGGAACAAAAAGCUCUGAUGAAAAAGGCAUCUGACAAAAGGCUUGCUGAAGCUUUGGAAGAUGUUGAUGAAGAACGACAGAUAGCUAAUCAGUGGAAGCGAAAAGCUCAGAAAUGUGGAGCUGAACUUCAAGAUCUUCGAUUAAUGCUAGAGGAACAAAUGGCUCGAAAUGGCGAACUAGAAAAGAAACAAAGACGUUUUGAUGCUGAACUGAGUGCUGCCCAAGAAGAAAUUAAAAAAGAGAAAACUCUUCGAGAAAAACUCCAGCGUGAAAAAGAUCAGGCAAUGCAUGAAAAAUAUUCUUUAGAACAAGAUUUGCAGUCUGCAAAGCUGGAUGCUGAUAUGUUACAUGAGAAAAUUGCUCAGCUUACUAGAGAGUUGGAUGAACUGACAUUAAGUAGUAAAGGUGAAGAAGAGGUAACUCAGUUGAAAAGAGCCAAACAAGACUUGGAGCGUAAAUGCCGAGACCAAGAAGAAGAACUGGAAGAAUUAGCUGCACAAGUUCAAAUGCUAGAACAAGCGAAACUUCGUCUUGAAAUGUCUCUUGAAAAACUUAGACAGGAACAUCGCAGAGAAGCCUCAGUAAGGGAAGAAGAAAUUGAAGAAAUACGAGCAAGCUUUUCUAAAAAAAUAAAAAAUUUAGAGGCUCAGCUUGAAUCUGAACAAGAUGAGAGACAUCAAUUGGUUAAACAAAAACAUGAGCUUGAACGUCGUCUCUAUGAAAUUGCAGAUCAGCCGCCCCCACAUGAUCCUGAAAUAGAGAGACGGUUGCGUAGAGAUCUGAAACGCACCAAAGCAUUAUUAAGAGAUGCCCAAGCUAUGCUUGAGCAUAAUCGUGAAGGACAAUCAAAUAAAACUUUAAUUAGGCAACUUAAGAAUCAGCUUGAGGACUCUGAGUUUGCAAAAGCAACAGCCAUCAAAGCCCGACAAGCGAUUGAAACUGAGCUGCAAGAUUGUCAAUUACAGCUGGAAGAAGUUACCCGAGCUAAGAAUGAGGCUGAGACUAAAUGUCUACAGCUGUCCAGAGAGAAGAGUGCCAUUCAAACCCAAUUAGAAGAAGCAGAAGAAGAAAUGUCUGAAGUUAUGAAAAAGUACAAAGCAGUAGUUGCUCAAAUGUCUGCUGAUCAGAAGGUGCUUGCUGAACAGAAUCAACAAAUAGCUGAAUUGGAAAAUGAGCGUCAAAUGCUCAAAGAGCAGUUGAAUGAAGUGAGUCACAAGUUUGAACACCUUGCUGGUCAGUCAGAUGAUACUCAUAAAGUUCAUUGGUUAGACAGUAAAAUUAGAGACCUUGAGUCGAAAUUGGAGUUGGAACAGACCACAAAGACUCGACUUGAAAGUCAAAUUGCUCGUCUUAAAGAACAGAAUGAUAGAGCAAGAGAAGAGUGCGAUUCUCUGAGGAAUAAAGAAAUUCAAGCUCAAGAAGGUGUUCGCAGACUUCAACGGCAGCUUAGAGAUUUAAGAGAAGAUUAUUCAAGUCUUCAACAGAAAGAAGCUGACGGAUAUAGAAAGCAACAUGAAUUGGAAAUGGCCCUGGAGAAUAUGGAAACUGAUCUUCAGGUAACAAAGAAUGACUUGCGGCUAGCUUGUCAGCGAAUUCAAGAUCUCCAAAAUGCCCUUGAGGAUGAUUUAGAUUCUGGUACAGAUGUACCUGAUGACAGUGGCUCAGAUAGUGAUAGCAGUUUUGAAUUGUCGGUGCUUCGAAACCAGAGCUUAACACCUGUUCAGCGUUGUGAAAGUAUUGCCAGUAACCUCAGUUAUGAUACUGAGGGACGUCAAUCUCGCACAUCCUCAUUCACUCAAGAAUUGUCUGCAUUUAGCAGUAGGAAUGAUGUUGAGAAGGAUGUCAAUGGAUUUCCAGUGAACAAUCCUCCUGGUACAGAGAAGGAUGAAAUGGUAUAAUUAUGGAUUUAUUUCCGCCCCAUGUAAGAGAAGUGGCUGGCCACGGACUGUGUACUGCAGGGGCCCAAAGGUCCAAUGGAGCAUCUUUUUUCUUUUAGGAAUCCGACACUUGUGAUGAGGCAAAUCAUUUUUUGUCGCCCAUCUUUUGAAAGAAAGUGUCUGCUGUCUGCCUGAGUUGUGCAAACAUCAAGUUUCUAACAGUUUAUUGAAUGAUUUCUGGAUGCUAUUUUCUAUUAUUGAAUUGUGCUUUUGACUUGUUAAAUUUUAUGUGAAUAUGACCAAAGUUGUUAGUAUGCUGUUUUUUAUCUAUAUUACUAAACAAUGAAAAAAAAUCUUUAAAUGGUUCAUUUUGUUUAAUUUAAAAAAAUCAGUAUUAAAGAAAAUACUAUAGAAUAUCUAUUAUAUUGAAUACACUUUAUUUACACCUUUAUUUUUGUGCUUUCAAUUAUAGUCAUGAUUAUUAGUGUGUGAUAUAGCUUUUGUUUAUAUUUAAUGUCUUUUAUUUGCAUUCUCUGAUAGUUGGUUCAAAACUUUGCCUUGCUAUUUUUUUUUCUACUUUCUUCCCUGUUUUUCCUAGAAAUAUCAAAAUUUAGAGAGAGUUUUUUUUCUAUAGUUAUAUUAUUUUUAUUCUAGUAACUUAUAAAUUGAAAACUAUUUUAAGAAACUGGUUGAUUAAAAAAAAAAAAAGAAUUUUUACCACUGCCAUUCUUCUUAGUGUGAUUUUCUUUGUAGAAAAUGAACUUAAUUAAAUCAUCUAAUUUAGUAUUUUGAUUAAUCUUUUAAUUUUUAGAUAGGAAAAAAUGUUGUUUUAUUUGCUAUUAUAAGAUUUUUUUUUAUUGCUAUUUAUUUGAUUCUAAAUAUCUUUGCAUAGAAUUCAAAGUGAAGUGUAUAGCAGAAGGAUUUUUAAAAAUCUGAAUUGGGAAUUUUUUUAUGAAAAUGAGUGAAAAUUGUUUCUUAUUUGGUGCUUCAAACUGUUAGGUGCUGUGGCUCCUGAAACUCGUAUGUUCGCAUGCCUCGGCUUACUGAAUAUAUAGAAUAAGUGAAAGUGCAAGUGUAUCAUUAAAUCUUGUUGUAGCUGAGAAUGUAAUACUUAAAAAGUUGUGUGUGUUUGUAACUUUCAUGUUAAAUGUUAUUCAAAUGAUUCUAAGUAAUAUAUUUUGUUUUUAUGAUUAUAUAUUUUAAAUGUUUCUACAUCAUUGAUGGAAUAGUUUUGAAAUUAUCCUUUCUUUUCUGCCAAAAUGCAAUGUUUUAAAAGACAAAAGUCCAUGUUGUAAUGGUUAUGGCAUAAGAAAUGUCUUCUGAUAUUUCAUUUUUUAUAUGUUUAAAUAUCCUCCCCAAAGUCAUUUGUAAAUGCAUCUUACUUUUUGAUAGACAAUUGAUAAAAAUAUUUAAAUAUAAAAUAAGAAUGCAAUUUUCAGGUACAUUUUAUUUUGUAAUAUUUUCGUAAAAUCAACAUUAUUUCUCAUUUACAAAUUUCAAAAAUUACAGAAAUUUAUAUAUACAUUUAAAAGCUUUUAUAUUUUAAUUAAACAGUAAUUUUUAACUCUUGACUGGGUAUUGAUAAUAUCGUAAAUAUAGCAUUUAGUUUUAUGAACAUGCAUACAUCCUUUUACUGUUUGUAAUUUUUUUAUUACGGGGGGAAUCUAAAUUAAUACCAUGAAAAUUUGUCUUCAUUGCUUCAUUAGUUGUUUAAUAUUAAUUUUCUGUGCAUAUUAUUGAAAUGAUUUCUAAUAUUUUAAGUGACAAAUACUAACUAGGAUGUUUUAUUUUUUACCUAAAUAUAUGUAUCAAAUAUAUGUAUUACAAAGCUGAUGGAUGCCAUUUUAUAAUAUGAAUGUUUCAUAUAUUUAAUAUUACUGAAUAUGCACUCAAGAAGUUAUAUAUUUCAAGCACUGCCAAAAUUUCUUAAUUAACAUUUCUUUAUUAAAUGUAUUUCUGAGAUAAUUUUUUUUUCUUUCUUAAAUAUAAGUAUUUUUGAAGAAAUUGUUCAACAGAUCCUUUGAAAGACCAUGACAGUAAGUUUUCAAAUUGAGCAUAUUUUAUUCAUUUCUGAAUUAUAAAGUUUAUUUACAGGUAAAAAUUAACAUCUUAAUUAUUAUUAUAUUUUUGCCAUUAAAAUCUUUCUUUGAGAUAGAUAUAUUAAUGCAAUAUCUAAGAAUAUUUAAUUCUCUUUAUAAGUUUCAACCACCAUUAGGUUUUGCUGUAAUUUCAUUAAAAUUAUAAUACUCGUAUGAAAAGUAUGUGAUGCUUCAACUCUAUAAAUGCCAUCUAUAGAAAUUGUGCAUUGUCUUUUUUAUAUAUUUGUAUAAAUAAGUUUAUAUUUGAAUGGAGUGAGAUGCAAGUUUCUGUAAUCUCCCUUUGUUUCUACUGCAAUAAAAAGUUUUUGGAACCUACAGCCACUUGUU